UCCUGGGAGCCUGUGCAUGGGGCGGCGUUGCCAAGCCUCGACCUCAGCAGCUGUUGAUGUGGGCAGGAUGAGCGCUGCGGCAUGAUGAUGGCACGGAAACAAGAUGUGCGCGUGCCCACCUACAGCAUCAGCGUGGUGGGCCUCUCCGGCACCGAGAAGGAGAAGGGCCAGUGCGGCAUCGGCAAGUCCUGCUUCUGCAACCGCUUCGUGCGCCCCAGCGCCGACGACUUCCACCUGGACCACACCUCCGUCCUGAGCACCAGCGACUUCGGAGGCCGCGUGGUGAACAAUGACCACUUCCUGUACUGGGGGGAAGUCACCCGUCAGCUGGAGGACUGCGUGGAGUGCAAGCUGCACGUGGUGGAGCAGACGGAGUUCAUCGACGACCAGACGUUCCAACCUCACCGCAGCACGGCCCUGCAGCCUUACAUCAAGCGGGCCGCCUCCACCAAGCUGGCCUCCGCCGAGAAGCUGAUGUACUUCUGCACGGACCAGCUGGGCCUGGAGCAGGACUUUGAGCAGAAACAGAUGCCCGAGGGCAAGCUGCAGCUGGACGGCUUCCUCCUGUGCGUCGACGUCAGCCGCGGCAUGAACAGGAACUUCGACGACCAGCUGAAGUUCGUCUCCAACCUGUACACCCAGCUGGCCAAGACCAAGAAGCCCAUUCUGCUGGUGCUGACGAAGUGCGACGAAGGCGUGGAGCGCUACAUCCGGGACGCGCACACCUUCGCCCUCAACAAAAAGAACUUGCAGGUGGUGGAGACGUCGGCCCGAUCCAAUGUCAACGUGGAGUUGGCCUACACCGCCCUGAUCCAGCUGGUGGACAAGAGCCGCGGGAAGUCCAAGAUCAUUCCCUACUUCGAGGCUUUGAAGCAUCAGAGCCAACAGAUCGCGGCGGCGAAGGACAAAUACGAGUGGCUCGUGGGCCGCGUGGUGAAAUCCCACAACGAGACUUGGCUCAACGCCAGUCGCCGCAUGCAGAGCAGCAGCGAGUAUCAGGACUACGUGUACCUGGAAGGGACGGACAAAGCCAAGAAGCUCUUCCUGCAGCACAUCCAACGGCUGCGACAAGACCACAUCGAACGCCGCCGCAAGGUCUACCUGUCUCUCCUCCCGCGUGCUUUAGACGCCCUUGUGCCUGACCUGGACGAGAUCGACUACCUUAGCUGGCCCAAAGUAGCCAGCCUGCUGGAGGCUAAGCCUGCCUUCUCCCAGUGGUUUGUGGUCCUCGAGGACACCCCUUGGGAUCUCACCAACCACAUAGAUAACAUGGAGGACGACCGCGUACCGUAUGAUAUGUUGGAGACCCUGCACGCGGCCGAAGUGUAUUACGCGCACCUGGAGAAGCUGAGGAACGCUCGAAAGAAGGAGGAAAUGAAAAAGGCCUUCAAAGAAAACUUGAGUUUUUCUCCGUUCAUCACCCCGGGGAAGCCGUGGGAGGAGGCCCGGAGCUUCAUCAUGAGCGAGGAGUUCUAUCAUUGGCUGGAGGAGCCUGUGUACAUGGACAUUUACAGUAGGCACCAGAAAGAGAUCAUCGACAAAGCCAAGGAAGACUUCCAGGAACUAUUGCUGGAGUAUUCCGAGCUGUUUUACGAGUUGGGUUUAGACGCCAAGCCGAGCAAAGAGAAAAUGGGGGUGAUCCAGGACGUGCUGGGGGAGGAGCAGAGGUUCAAAGCCCUGCAAAAGCUGCAAGCAGAAAGAGACGCCCUCAUACUCAAACACAUCCACUUCGUCUAUCACCCCACUAAGGACACUUGCCCCAGCAACCCCGCCUGCGUAGACACUAAAAUCGAACAGCUCCUCAGUUCCAGGUGCACUCACCCCUACGACCGCCUUCAUAAAGACCCCAACGUGGAUCGACUUAACUUGGUCAUACUCGGUAGGGACGGCCUGGGGCGGGAGCUGGCCAACGAGAUCCGCGCCCUGUGCACAAACGACGACAAGUACGUCGUGGAUGGAAAGAUGUACGAGUUGUACCUGCGUCCCAUCGAAGGCAACGUGCGGCUGCCUGUCAACUCGUUGCAGACCGCCACGUUCGUGCCCCACGGGUGCCUCUGCCUUUACAACUCCAAAGAGUCCCUCACCUACGUGGUGGAGAGUAUUGAGAAGAGCCGGGAGUCCAGCUUAGGGAGAAAAGAGAACCACCUACCUAACUUGUAUCUCACGCUAAUCCUAGUCAAUCGGAGGGGGGACAUGAGCGGGGAGACCGCGCAGAGCCUCAUCAACCAGGGCAAAGAAGUCGCCACCAGGCUGCAGUGCGAACUCUUGGAUGCGGCCUCCACCGGGUUGGGCUACGGCCGCAACAUCAACGAGAAGCAGAUCACCAAGAUCCUCCGCGACCUCCUCGAUUCCAAGCGCAAUCUGAACCUGGUCACCACCACGCCGAGCAUCAAGGACCUGGCGGAUUGCGACCUGCGCAUCGUCGUCUGCCUCAUGUGUGGAGACCUCUUUAACAUGGAGGAUGUGCUGAACGCCCUCAAGCCCCAUACGUAUCGCCCUUCGCAGUUCGGCGUCGGGCUCUCGGUGUUACUCGACCUGCACAUAGGUAGUCAGAAGCGCCGCCUGGAGCUCCUCAUUUUGUCCUAUCACGCCUCCUUCAACAUCCGCAAGACGCGACUGGUACACGGCUACAUGGUUUUCUAUGCGGCCAAGCGCCGCGCCUCCCUGGCCAUGCUGCGUGCCUUUCUGUGCGAGGUGCAGGACAUUGUCCCCGUUCAGCUGGUCGCCCUGACCGAGGGCUCGCUUACCGUUCUGGACAAUGCCACCAGGGACCAGCUGGUGGAAGGAGAGGAGAUCGCACAGGACAUCGAGGGCAAGUUCCUGAUGUUACCAUGCGGCCCGGGCCAAGCCAAGAUGGACAUGUUCUUCCCUUUCUUCAAGGACGUGAUGGAGAAGAAAGUGAUCAUCGAAGCCUCGCACAUGUAUGACAACACGGCGGAGGCGUGUAGCACUACAGAAGAGGUAUUUAGCUCCCCCCGUGCCGGGUCUCCUCUCUGCAAUUCCCACUUGCCUGAUUCUGAGGACGACUUGGACCCGUCCCCUCAGCACAUUCUACCCAGGGAGGACCCGAGCAUGGCCGCACACACUAGAGACAAUUCUAAAGCGGCCAGGGAGCUGGAGGACGGCAACAGCCUCCCCUUCAUCUCUGUCAUGAGCACCUUAGAAAGCAGACUCAACAACAAGGUACCUCCGCCCCUCAAACCAAAGCCCCAUAUCCCCUUCGACGCCUCCAAACCCGAUCUGCCCUACCUAGAUCCGGGCUCCCGAGACGGCCACAGGAGGUCCCUGACGCACAUCACCUGGCCCCCGUCCGAAGCCUUCGAUCCUUCCGACUACGCCGAGCCCAUGGAUUCCGUGGUGAAGCCCAGGAACCAGGAGGAGAACAUCUACUCUGUGCCCCACGACAGCACGCAGGGUAAAAUCAUCACCAUCCGUAACACCAACAAGCCGCAGUCCAACGGGAGCGGCAACGGUUCCGACAGCGACAUGGACACCAACUCCCUGGAGAGAGCGCGCAAAGCAUCCAUAGUGACCAAACCGGUCCUGUACCGGACCAAGUGUGCCAAACUCGGCAAGUUCUCCAGCUAUCGCAGCAGCCUGAGCGUGGGCAGCGACGACGAGCUGGGGCCAAUGAGGAGGAAGGAGGACGAGAUCGGAACCCAGGGGCCAAAGGGGGACAACACUACUAAUUCCUAUGAGGCUGACGGCGAGGAUCCGCGCAAGAGGAACAUUCUGCGCAGCCUUCGGAGAAACACUAAGAAGAGAACCCAGAAACUGCGACCAUCUCUGACCAAGCAGACCUGGGAGAGCAACUACUUUGGGGUGCCACUGACCAGUGUGGUGUCCUCCGACAGACCCAUUCCAGUGUUCAUAGAGAAGUGUGUGGAGUACAUUGAGACCACCGGGAUGAGCACGGAAGGAAUCUACAGAGUCAGCGGAAAUAAAUCCGAAAUGGACUCGCUGCAGAGGCAGUUUGAUCAAGAUCAUCACCUGGACCUGGCUGAGAAGGAUUUCACGGUGAACACGGUGGCCGGGGCCCUGAAGAGUUUCUUUGCCGAGUUGCCGGACCCGUUGGUGCCGUAUGUUCUCCAGGCCGAGCUGGUGGACGCGUACAAAAUCAAUGACCUGGAGCAGAAGCUGCAGGCGAUGAAGGAGCUGCUGAGGAAGCUGCCGAGGGAGAACCAGGAGCUCUUCAAAUACGUCAUCUCUCACCUGAAUCGGGUCAGUCAGCACCAUCACACCAACCUGAUGACCAGCGAGAACCUGUCCAUCUGCUUCUGGCCCACGUUGAUGCGCCCGGAUUUUACCACCAUGGACGCUCUGACCGCCACCCGCACCUACCAGACAAUCAUCGAGCUCUUCAUCCACCAGUGUGCGUACUUCUUCUACCAGCGUCUACCGCGUCUGAACAUUCCCCGUCCCGCUGACGCAAUCAAACCGCCUCUUCCUAGGAACUGA